GUAUCGGUGCGGUGCGGUGAGAAGAACGCCCUCGCUCUCCCUCUUCCGAUCGCGCUGCAUAAAAGGGGCCCCGUCGCCGGUCUGCAGUAAGCGUUCCCCGAGCCGACUGCCAACGGACAGGGAGAGUCGCGCCAAGGGAGGAUGCAAGGGGUUUGUGGCUUCGACGGAGGCGUGGCGUCGCCUGAGUCGGUGUCUUCGGUCUCGAAGGCGGCGGUGGCUGCGACGGAGGGGGGAGAGGAGGAGGGUCUGGUGGUGGACGACGUCCACGGUGGAGCAGUGGGUGAGCGGGAGGAGGAGCGGGAGGUGGAAGUGUCGAACGGGGAGGAGCUGGAGCUGGGACUCACCUUGGGGGCGGCGAGGAAGGCGAAGGCUGCGCCGGCUCGGAGGGGGGCGUGUUGCCGCAUCCUGACGGCGAAGGACUUCCCCUCGCUGGCGGUCCGCGCGUCAAGAAGGUCCCACUCCGGUUCCCUCGCCUCGUCGUCCUCCGGCACCAACCGGGCCGGCGGGACGGCCGGGACUAAGCGCGCGGCAGAGUCCGUCUCCCCUGACGUUGGUGGUUCCCCCCAUCCUCCCAGUCAGAUGGUGGUUGGAUGGCCACCUAUCAGAGCAUUCAGGAUGAACAACUUGUUCACCCAUCCGAAAGACACCACCGCCCUCAAGAAGGCCGACGUCGACAGUGGUGUUGAUAGCACUAGUAAGACCGCGAGUGGCAGCAGGGAUCAGGAGGACAAAGGAUGUGCUACGAGGAGUUCGUUCUUUGUUAAAGUGAAAAUGGAUGGUGAUCCUAUUGGUAGGAAGGUGGAUCUCAGUGCCCAUCACUCUUAUGAAACUCUCGCGGUCGCGCUCGAGCUCAUGUUUCACAAACCCACCAUGGCCUUUGCCCUUGCGACCGCUGCCCAUGGAGCGAAGGUUUCAAAGUUGUUAGAUGCCUCUUCUGAGUUUGCUCUUACCUAUGAAGACAAGGAUGGUGACUGGAUGCUGGUUGGAGAUGUCCCCUGGGGAAUGUUUUUGGAAACAGUGAAGAGACUAAGGAUUAUGAGGACUUCAGAUGCAAAUGGGCUAAGUCAGCCAGUCCAUUUUGGAAAGUUGGAAUUAUACGCAACUCCAGGGAUUCUACUAUCCUUCAACACUGCCAGUGGAUCAAUAGGAAGCAGUCCUGCCUGACUUGUUGUGGACUUUGGAGUAUACAGAAAACAGAAGCUGAGAUCAAGUUUUCUUUCAAGUUUAAGACCAUUUGCCUCAUUUUGCCAGUUAAGAUCAGGUCUUGGAAAAUUGCCACUAAUGUUGGGUGGCUGAUUAGGUAGAUAAACAUGUUUAUGAAUUUUGUGUGGUGAUUCAUAGCUUUGACCACUGCAUGCUUGCUGUUAUGAUACUGUAAAUACUGAUUUUGUUCAGUUCAGGUUAAAAAGACUUGUUGCAAGUGUUCCUCAAAUAUCUAAUGGAUAGAUUAUUUUGCUGCUA